AAACAACACAGGUUGUCUACAAAGCCCACUGCCCACCAUCUCUGUCUCGGCUCUUAAAUCUAAAUACAAGACUUCUCUUAAUGAAGAUAUUCGGUUGGAUGCAAAAGAAACUCAGUGGCAGACAUGCAGCCAAGAAACAUAAUUCUAUUUCUGUUAAUCACCAUAUUACACAGCAUGAACCUCGGAACCAAGAAUUCAGUGAUUGGCCUCAUGGAUUGCUGGCAAUCGGAACAUUUGGAAAUGAUAGCACGAAAGGAGAUUCCAAGCCUAACUAUGUUCAAGAAAAUCUAUCUCAAGAUCUGCAACUUACACUUGAAGAAGUUGAAAAACUUCAAGAUGAGCUAAACUUGUUAUUCAAUAAACAAUAUGGGUCAACAUCUGAUGAAGCAGAAUCAAAUACCGAGAAGCUCGCAUUAGAUAAGUUUGUCAAUGGCAAUCCCAGCUCGGAAGAAGAUGACAAAGAUCACUGCCAUCUUCAAGGCAGCACCACAGCAAUUCUUGGCAGAGGGAAAGGAAUUUGUAGUGCGGAUAAUACAGGCUGUGCCAUUAACAAAAAGUCCUUGUCAUUUCUUCUCAAGAAGAUGCUUAUUUGCAGAGGUGGAUUUGCACCUACUCUUAGCCUAAGAGAUCAAGUUCCAGAGUCUAGAAUGGAAAAGAUGUUGAGGGCAAUACUUCACAAGAAGAUAUAUCCCCAGAAUCCAAGUUCAAAUUCAUCUACUACCAAGAAAUAUUUGGAGAAUAAACACAAGCCCAGGUCUAUCAAGGGUGAGGAUGACAUAAAUUACAAGGAUGAUAAUGGAAGUAAAUGGGUCAAGACAGAUUCUGAAUAUAUAGUGUUGGAGAUAUAAUUAAAUUUGGUCUGGCAAGCUGUGAAGAUAGAUGGUAUUACAGAUGCAUUGUUGUUUCUUAAUUGUCCAGUUCCUGAUAUAUAAAGAAAAACAAUCAUAUAUUUUUAUCCAUUUUUAGAUUUAAGCCAACAUUAUGCAGAGAUAUAUAUGCUUCUGAUUGGAUGCACUGAAAUGAAAUGUCUGCAUAUUCUUCAUGAAUAAAUACAGGAAUGAUUAC